AUGUUUUUCGGAAACGCAAGAUAUCUCAUAACAGUUGAUUACUUCUCAAAGUUCAUUGAAGUGAAUCGCUUACCAGAUGGGAAAGCUGCUACAAUUAUUAACAUACUGAAACAGCAUUUCGCACGACAAGGAAUCCCUGAGGAGUUCAUCAGCGACAAUGGACCUGAGUUUGCAAACCAUGAAUUCCGACAAUUUGCUAAGGAAUAUGACUUCCAACAUACAACAUCAUCCCCGAGAUACCCACAGAGCAAUGGUAUGGCUGAAAGAGCUGUUCAGACAAUCAAAAACAUUUUCAGAAAAGCCCAGGAUGACAACAAGGAUCCUUAUCUCGCAUUCAUGGAGUUAAAGAGCUCGAAAAUUUCAGGAGUGAAAUUUUCCCCUGCACAACUUCUACUUGGACGGAACACGAGAACUCUUAUACCAACCGUGAAAUCCAGCCUGCGACCAAUGGGAUAUAACACAGAGAAAGUUCUCGAAGAGCUCCAGAACCUCAAAGACACGCAAAAGUCUUUCUAUGAUCGCAACUCCAAACCACUCAAACCGCUUGAAAUUGGAGACACUGUACGCUUAAGAAAUCCAGGACAGUCCAUCAAAACACCAGGAAAAGUGGUUAGACCUGCAGAAACGCCAAGAUCAUAUGUCGUAUCGCAUGGAAAUUCAACAUUGAGGAGAAACCGCAGAGACCUCAUCAAAACAAAGGAACGAAACACAGAACAACAGGAAGACGCUAAGGAAUCAACCCAAAGUGAAAAUUGUUCAUUUCCAAAUAACCUGCCUAAUGAUUCUAGCGCUCAUUCUGGAAAACUUGACGUGCCAAGUAGUUUUACCACAUCUAGUGGUCGCGUGAUCAAACCACCUCGCAGACUGGUUACUGAGUGCUAA